UUUCGCCACCUCUAAAUAUUGUUGACAACCCCUCUGCAAAUAUAAUUAUUUUUAUUAUUUUUGUUUAUUUUCAAUGUAAAAAAUAAUCGCGUAAUUGUUAAAGUAAAAAUGUGAAAAACGCAAGCGAAGCGCUUCCUACAGCAAUAAGCGUAAGUGAGAGAUUGCAAACAUAGACACAACUAAAAAGACAACAACGGCAGCGCCAUUUUCAUCACAACCAGAGACGACGAAAGUGAAAAGCUGGGAAAACAGAAUAGAGAAAAUAGCAGUGCAUUAUUUUUCCCAUAUCUAAAACUGUGUCACAAAUUAAGGUUUCCCCAAAACAGAGCAGAGUGUAUGUGCGUAUGUGGUGUGCGUGUGGAUAAUAUUAUUAUUGAGAAAAAAUAACAGCGAAAAAGAUGACGGAAAUGUAUAAAAAACAACAACAGUCUAUGCAGCCUACGCAGCAACAACAACAUCAACAAGGCAGCAUUGGCAUCUAUAACACUAACAAAAUGAACGUAAUACCAAAUUAUACGUUGAGUGGAAUGAGCUCCUUUGAUGCCGAAUCACUGCCUGAUUAUUCAGAGUUUGAUUCCGAAUCGGUAACUUUGGAUUAUUACAAGGAAAGUGUACUACGUCCUGGAGCGGACAGAAUGGCGCCGACAACGACAAUUGAAACCAUAACAAUCACAAGGCCGCUCAAGGUGAUUGCAUUUAUCUGUGGCGUCAUCGUAGUGGUCCUUAUGAUCAUGGCCCUGGCAUCCACAGACUGGCUAAUGGCCGCCGGCUGGCGUCAAGGUCUCUUUGUGCACUGCAUCGAAGAGGACUCGAUGGCGCCGCUGCCAUUCAAUAUACAGGAUCCUCCUGGCUGCUAUUGGACCCGCGAUAUUGCCUACAUCAAGGCCACCGCAGCGCUUUGCAUUAUCACAUUGAUAACGGACGUGAUUGCCACAGUGCUGACGGGAUUGGGCCUCAAGACACAGAAUCAUAAUCUCAAAUAUAAAUUCUAUCGAAUAGCUGUACUCGUCAUGCUCGUCUCAUUGCUGGCUGUUUUGUCCGCUUUGAUUGUCUAUCCAGUCUGCUUUGCAGGCGAACUCACAAUGGCGAAUCGACGAGUAUGGGAGUUUGGCUGGGCCUAUGGCGUCGGCUGGGGCGCAGCUAUAUUCCUGUUUGGUGCGGUGGUUUUGCUGCUCUGCGACAAGGAAUCCGAGGAGAUCUACUAUAAGGAGAGGAAAAUUGUACAUGAAAACCAAAUGCGCGCCUAGGCAAGGCCGCACGACCUGCCUGACGUCGUUCUUUAGACAUAAGCAUCUAGCAACCAAUACAUAUACACUCACACACACACACAGACACUCACAGACGUAUAUAAAUUUCGAUUAGAAUCCGACUCAACAACAACAACAGAAUAAUUUUCAAUAUCGAAUUUCUUAUAAAUUCGACUAGAUAUUUGAAGCCAAAAAACGAAAAACAGAAAAUUGUGACGACUCCCCUUUUCCCACUGUACUGGGUAAUAAUUAGUUUAUGUGACGUUAGUUUUUCCUCCCAAUUAGUUUUCUCCUCAUAUUGUUUCGAAAGGUAAUCUAUCUAUCUACCAUAAACACAUUCACACACAUACACACAUACUUGCGCCGCAUUUCACAUAUAAUCGAAUAUAAUCUUGAAAUCGUGUCCAACAUAUACCUAACCUACCUAUAUAACAUAUAUACGUACAUACAUAUAUAAUAUAUGGCAAAAGCAUAAUCGUAAAUCGUUUAAGGAAAUUGUAGCCAAUCCUUAGUCAACUGUCUUUGGCAUAAAUUGUACUUUACGUAAACUUAUAUAAACGACCAUCAUGAAAACUAUCCAACUACAGAAAUACCUAGAAAGGAAAACAAAAAACAAAUAUAGAAUGCAUAAAGUCGCAUAGUCAUUACCCGGAAAAUAUAAACAUACAUAUACAUUAUAUACAUGUAACCUAUCUAUAAUCAAACAUUCAACUCGCCCCCAAAAAAAAGCGAAAACAUUAUUUUGACGAUUUGAUCAAAAGUUACCAACUUCGAACAAAAAUGAAUCAGCUCCCACAAAACAUAACGAUUACGCUUUCAAACAAAACGAUUUCUUCUAUGUUUCCGAUUUGCAACGUUAGCUUAUUAUUAUGUGUAUUAUGUUGUGUGUCAGUGAUCGCUAUAUAAAACCCCAAUAUACUCGAAAAUAUAUUUAUACGAAAUGAUAUGAUAUAUAUAAUUUACCUACACACCUUUUGUAAAAUACUUAAACCGUCCCGAAAUGCCACUCCUCAGUUCACAUGUCUUAAUGUUUAAGUUGACCUCUCCUAUAUGCAAUAUUUUUUUUAAAUGUACUCAAUUUGACAUCUUGUUUUUUAACAACAAUUUAAUUUAUUAUUACAUUCUAAUUUAUUAUUGUACAAUUGCAACACUUUUAAACAUAUCACACAACCAAUUUACGAAUAAUAAACACGUUUUUGACACCUUUUGUUAACAAA